ACCAAAGUGCGCGGCUUUCAUUUCAUCCUUCCAAAGUAGCUUAUGGGGAGCACAACUGUUUCUUAACUCAUAUAUGAUCAAACCCUAGAAUUGUCAUCAACGUCCUUCACUGAUCGGAGAUCGGAGUCUCGGAGACUAGGAAUUCCGUUUCUCAUUUUCCGGAUUAACCAUUACCUUCACUCACAACAGGCCACAGAAAAAACUAGAAGGUUGUAAGAAAAGGACUUGUUAGAGAGAGUAAUAGGUAUAGUAAAAUAGAAUGGCAUUGUCAUCUAGCUUUCUACGCAUUCUGGGAUCAUCUCAACUUGGUGCCAUUCGUUACAUCUCAACUCUCACAACACCAAAACUUUUCAUCAGUGGACUUUCAAGAUUAACCACAGAUGAAAAGCUGAAAGAAGCUUUUUCUCCUUUCGGUCGGAUUGUUGAUGCCAAAGUUAUAACUGAUAGGGUCUCAGGGAGAUCAAAGGGAUUUGGAUUCAUAACUUAUACCAGUAUUGAAGAAGCUGAGAAUGCAAAAGAAGGAAUGAAUGCCAAGUUCUUGGAUGGGUGGGUUAUUUUUGUGGAUCCAGCCAAACCCAAAGAACCAAGACCUUCUCCUCAACCUCGAACAUCUGAAACGGGUUUCACAUCCAAUAAGACUGUUGGAUGGUGUGGAUGAUUAAUCAUGUUGUGUACUCUUAAUUCUAUAAUUAUUUUGUUGAAUCUAAGAGUAAUUUUUUGAGGUAAAAUAGCUAGAUUUAAUUACCAUGUAUCAUUCCAAAGAAAUGGAUUGCCUCAACAACUUGAAAUGAUAUUCUUGAAUUUUAAGUA